UGACAAAGAAACGCCUCGCCACUCAAGUUUUGACCCCCAAAAAAAUGUAACAUUUUUACCCCCAAAAAAAGUUUUGACAAAUAUGACUCUUUUUGCCUCUUUUUUUUCACACAAGUAGAAAUUGUCUUCGUUUAAUGGUUAAACAAAAUAAUUGGCCGACAUACAAAAUACAAAAUAUUUAAGACUUAAAACCAACACAAAUUAUUUUAAGACAUCAGCGAUCAUCAUCAUCACCACACAAAUAUCUUCUCCGAAAUUCUCAAUCAUUAAUCCCGAGAAAGUUGAGCAGAUUAUCCAUAUCUCUCUCUCUUUUCCCUGGGAGAGAAAAUGGAGAUAUCACUUGCAUCAGUGACAGUUUCAGUAGCUAUAGCUGUUGUGUCGUGGUGGGUAUGGAGAACUUUAAAGUGGGCUUGGUUUAAACCAAAGAUGCUUGAGAGUUACCUGAGAAGACAAGGUCUUUCCGGUACACCGUACACGCCUCUCGUCGGCGAUUUAAAUAAGAGUUUCAGCAUGUUGAAGGAGGCAAGAUCAAAACCCAUCAAACUAACGGAUGAUAUCCAACCACGUGUCGUGCCUUAUCCCUUGCAAAUGCGCAAGACUCACGGAAGGACUUUCUUUACAUGGUUUGGCCAUAUACCAACCAUCACUAUAAUGGAUCCUGAGCAGAUCAAGGAAGUCUUCAACAAUGUUUAUGAUUUCCCAAAGACACAUGCAUUCCCUUUGUUCAGAUUGAUAGCCGCUGGACUCGUUAGUUAUGAUGGCGAAAAAUGGGCGAAACACCGAAGAAUCAUCAAUCCGGCUUUCCAUCUUGAGAAGAUCAAGAUUAUGGUACCUGCUUUCCACCAAAGCUGCUGCGAGGUUGUUGGCGAAUGGGACAAGUUAGUGUCGGAGAAAGGAUCUUCCUGUGAGGUAGACGUUUGGCCUUGGCUUGUGAGUUUGACGGCAGAUGUACACAAGCUCUUCGCAAAACUUUCAUCCCUGGAUAUAUGUAAUGAAAAACCUCAACUUCCCUGGGUUAAUGCAAGACGUGUAGAGAUUGACUCUUGA